GGAGCUCAAGCUCAGAGAAGAGCAAGAUGAAGGUGAGGAGAAAGCUUAGGGAGCCAAGAUUCUGUUUCCAAACCAGAAGUGAUGUGGAUGUGCUUGAUGAUGGUUACAAAUGGAGGAAAUAUGGCCAGAAAGUUGUCAAGAACAGCCUUCAUCCUAGAAGCUACUACCGCUGUACUCACAGUAACUGUCGGGUGAAGAAAAGGGUUGAACGACUGUCUGAAGAUUGUCGAAUGGUGAUAACAACCUAUGAAGGUAGACACAACCACUCCCCUUGCGAUGACUCUAAUUCCUCUGAACAUGAAUGCUUUAGCUCUUUCUAAUCAUAUAUAUAGCUCAUCAUCAGUUACAGAACAAAAGUAUAUUUUAGUACGUAAUAUUGUUGUAAUGAUUUACAAUAUUUAAUGUAUCCUUAUUAGCUUGUUCUGUACAAUCUUU